AUGAACGUGGAUUCUAUAUUUCAAACAGCCAACGAAUCCAGUAAAAAAAGAACGUUCAAUGAACCUGAUUCCACUGAGAAGUCAUUGGGCAAACGCCGAACAGACGAACCUGAAAUACAAGAUAUAGAAGACGAAGCAGAAUUCGACGAAGAGGGUGGUCGCUUUUUUGGAAGUGGAUUAAGUGAAAGGGAAAAGGAAAGCUUACAUUUUUUGGACCAGAAUGAGGAAACAGAACAACCUGUAACAUUAACGACUAACGAACUCAAAAAGAAAGUUGUGAAAUUGGAGAAAAGUUUGAACCAGAACCAAGAACUUCGUUCAAAAUAUCCAGAAUCUCCUGAAAAGUUCAUUGAGUCAGAAGCCGACCUGGACGAAGAGAUUCGUUCGUUUAACAUCAUAUCUGAAUACCCUAGCUUAUUUCCUCUGUUCAUAAAAUUAGGAUGUGUCACCACAUUCUUGGAACUUCUGACUCACGAAAAUGCAGAUAUAAUGAUAACGGUAGUAGACUUGUUCCUUGAGUUAACGAACGAAGAUAUUGAUGAUGAGGCUCUAAAUUCCCUGUUUGAAGCUUCAAUACAAACAGGAUUUUUGCAAGUGCUUGUCAGCGGAAUAAAGAGACUUGAUGAAAAAAAUGAAGCUGAUAGACAUGGCGUAUACUCCAUUCUAUCGCUUUUUGAGAACCUCGUUUCAAUUGACAAUGAAGUAUGUUCGAUAGUAGCUCAAAAAACCGAUUUGCUACAGUGGUUACUUCAACGGAUUUCCGUUUCUGAAACCUAUAUAUCAACGAAUUUACAGUAUUCAGUAGAAGUUUUGGCUAUCUUCCUUAGCCACUCCCGAGAUGCCCGCAAAAGCGUUUGUGAAUUAAAUGGUACAGACUUACUACUUCGAAAAAUUAGUCCCUACCGUUUACGCGACCCUUCCCAAGGGUUGGAAGAAGAGACCAUGGAAAAUGUUUUUGAUUGCCUAUCUAGCCUUACACAGGAAACCUACGGAAAAGACUCAUUCAUGAAGGAAGAAGGAAUUGAAUUAUGCAUUCUAAACAUGAAGAACAAGGGAAAAAGCAGAGAAUCUUCAUUUAAAGUUAUCGAUUACUUAUUAUUUGGACCCCUUUCGAUGCCCUAUUGCCAACAUUUCGUUCAAGCCGGAGGAUUAAAACACAUCUUUUCUACUUUUAUGAAAAGCCAAAGCUCGGAAACAAUAGACCAUCUAUUAGCAAUCUUUUGUUCCUUAUUUCGGUCGUUACCAGCAGACACAAUAGAGAGAAUGCGGUUUUACAGAAAAUUUUCCGAGAACGAUUGCGAAAAAACACGAAAAAUAUUUUCAAUUUACCGUAAAUUGAACGCACAGAUAGAGAAAGUAAAUAAACAAAAAGAUUCAGACCGAACGGCUGAAACUGAAGAAGAAAAGUCCACCCGGUGGUUUUUGGUGCAAAUAGAUCAUGGGCUAUUUGCAUUUCAGUCAGUUGUCGUUAUACUGGGUUGGCUAUGUGUUGAGGACAAUCAUAUGUUAGAGAUAAUUAGGUUGCUUUUAACGGAAGCCAAUUUCUCUAUGAACGAUUUGAAGGAAAAGUUAUUCCUUUAUUAUGAAAGCCUAGAAGAUCCUGCGAUUCAAAACGAAGAAAGUGAUGAUGUGUACAGAAUUGAAGAAAAGCCCAUGAUUGCGGCAUUAUUGGAAGAAUUUCCUGAAAACUAA